AUGCUAUUAGAAAAAUGCUGUGAUUACAUUAAAGUAUUUGACGGUCCUACUUCACUAUAUCCUUUACUUGGAGAACUGCGAGAGAACAGGAGACAAUCUUUUAACUCCACCCAGAAUGAUGUGACUGUGGUGUUCUACAGUGAUUACAGUGUAACCAAAAAAGGAUUUCGUGCAGAUUGGGUCUUUGUAGAUUCCAAAUCAUGCAGGAAUUAUUGUGGAUAUCAUUAUACCACUUGUUCAUGCGACGACAACUGCCAGUACAACAGAAACUGUUGCCAUGACUUCAAGAGGUAUUGCCAAGUGUCCACAACAACCACUUCAACCAUGACAACAGUCUCGACAGAAUUGUCUACAACAUUCAUUACAACCAUGACAACAGUUGUGGAUUACUUUUGCUGGGAUAACUGUGGCAUUGACUUAGGCCCUUGUUCAUGCGAGAGCUCUUGUCAGUACCAUGGCAACUGUUGCAUUGGCUAUGAAUGUAAGUACCUCGAAAUCACACAAAAUAACUAAUAUCUAUUCUACUAGUUUUUCACAUGCAACAGCUGUCCCCAUGUGUCAAAAUAACAUUUGCACCAAUACAAUAAUAUAACAAA